GGCCGCGCUAGGGAGCCCGCCCGCUCUCCCCUCUCUCUCCGCCCGCCGCCUUUCUGCCUCCUUCCCGACCGCGCUGGAGCAGCCGGAGCCCGGCCAGCGAGGGAGGCGGGCGGCCGGGGCCAACUGCGCCUUCUCGUUCCCUUCGGGGCCCCGCUGCCGGUGCAGUGCCCCCUCCGGCUCCCCGCGGGCCAAGGCUCCUUGGACCUUCCUCCACCCGGCUUCCGCGGGCAGGGACCCAGGUGCCGCGUCGGCUCCCGAGCGCCCCGGAAGACCCGGCCUGGGCCGGCGAGCCCGGGCUCGGCGCCCGCCGUUCGCUUCUCCUUCCGGACUGACGACGGGCCCCGGGAGCGGCGACCCGGACACAACGCCCCGAUCUUGGGGAGGGGGGCGGCCGCUUCCCGAGCCCCGCGGACUGGGAGCCUCGCCCUCCGGCAGCUCCUCGGGGUCUAGCGUGGACCGUGCAGCUCCGAUGGAUGUCAUCCCUAAGCCCCGUCCCCUGGCUCUGGCUUCCCGGGAGCCCGCCGGGGACUGGCCCGGGGCCCCCCGAGCCUUCCCCGCGGGGCGGCAUUUAAACUUGCCAUCCAGGAUAAAUAGAAGAAGAAAGCUGGGAAGGAGCAAAGCAUUGUUUACAAAUGUCUUAAUAAUGAGCAAAUGUGGCAGGAAAAAAUAUAUUAAGACAAGUAUAAGACAAAUGACCAUGGAAACAGUUGAAUCUCAGCAGGAUGGAAGUGUAACGGAUUCUGUAACAGACAGUGAUUCUGCUCAUGUACAGACUCAGACUGGUCAAAAUUCAAUUCCAACCCUAGCUCAGGUUUCUGUAGCUGGAUCAGGCACCGGAAGAGGCUCUCCAGCUGUAACUCUAGUGCAAUUGCCUUCAGGUCAAACUGUUCAUGUCCAGGGGGUGAUUCAGACACCACAGCCAUCGGUUAUCCAGUCACCACAAAUACAAACUGUUCAGGUAGCAACAAUUGCAGAGACAGAUGAGUCUGCAGAAGCAGAGGGUGUAAUUGAUUCUCACAAGCGUAGAGAAAUCCUUUCAAGAAGGCCUUCUUAUCGAAAAAUACUGAAUGAACUUUCAUCUGAUGUACCUGGUGUUCCCAAGAUUGAAGAAGAAAAAUCUGAGGAAGAAGGAACGCCACCCAACAUCGCUACCAUGGCAGUGCCAACUAGCAUAUAUCAGACUAGCACGGGGCAAUACAUUGCUAUAGCCCAAGGUGGAACAAUCCAGAUUUCUAAUCCAGGAUCUGAUGGUGUUCAGGGACUACAGACAUUAACAAUGACAAAUUCAGGAGCUCCUCCUCCAGGUGCUACAAUUGUACAGUAUGCAGCACAAUCAGCCGAUGGCACACAGCAGUUCUUUGUACCAGGCAGCCAGGUUGUUGUCCAAGCAGCCACUGGUGACAUGCCAACUUACCAGAUCCGAACUCCUACUACUGCUUUGCCACAGGGAGUUGUAAUGGCCGCCUCUCCAGGAAGUUUGCAUAGUCCACAGCAACUAGCAGAAGAGGCAACCCGCAAACGAGAAUUAAGACUUAUGAAAAAUAGGGAAGCUGCUCGGGAGUGUCGCAGGAAGAAGAAGGAGUAUGUCAAAUGUCUUGAAAAUCGUGUGGCUGUUCUUGAAAACCAAAACAAGACUCUCAUUGAGGAACUCAAGGCCCUCAAAGAUCUUUAUUGCCAUAAAGCAGAGUAACUGUCUUUGACUUGGACCUUGUUUACUGUGAACUCUAAUCAAGGCAUGAGAUGCAGCAAUUCUACAAAUUGCCAGGUGGACUUGUGGAAGGGACACUUGUGACCCUUGGGAAUCCAGUUUGGCUUAGUAUUUGAAACUGAAUUGGGAGUGUUGUUCCAAAAUUUGGAAUGCAACCAUGAUCACACAGUUAUACCGAGCUUUCUUCAAUCUGUUUGCCAAUAGCAUGCAAAUGGUUUUUUGUUUGCCCUUUUUGCUUCUGCUUUUUGCAGGGAAGCUGCUAAAGAAUGUCGACGUCGAAAGAAAGAAUAUGUAAAAUGUCUGGAGAGUCGUGUUGCAGUGCUGGAAGUUCAGAACAAGAAGCUUAUAGAGGAACUUGAAACCUUGAAAGACAUUUGCUCUCCCAAAACAGAUUAGUAGAAAU